UGGUACAUCCAGUUUAACUCCUCCCUCUCUUAGGGGGAGUAACCCCCAAAGUCAAUCGCAGCUAAUAAGGAAAGGCAUUUAGAACGAAGUUUCGAUCAUUGGUGGACGAAAACCGGACCCCCUUGAUACCAGAGGGGAGUGGGGAUAUUUAGUCUACCUCUAAAUAAAAAUACUUUUUGGUUUGGUCUCCCAUAUCUGACUUAGCACUUCUGACAUAAGUUACUCUCUCGUUUUAUAUUUACUUUUCACCUUCUUUGUUUUGAUUUUACAAAGUCAUCAUGCAAGUAGUAAUGCAGAGCAGAUAUACCCCCUACUAUAAGCCUUUGAAAAUUUCAAUACCUGAAUCAGCAUCCAUGGUAUCCAUUAAUCCACGUGUGCAGCCUAGAUUUGAUUAUCUGCCCUAUUAUCAUUAUGGGAAUUAUUACCAUCAGUACAGUGUGCAACCAAGCUUAUCUGUUGCCAAUCAGCCAAGUCAAAAGAAUGAAUUAAAAUUUGGCAUCGCUUCCAUCUUGGGAUUAAAUGAAACAAAUGAUUCUAAUGAUUCGGCAUAUAGCAAUGAAAGCAGCAGUCAACCAGAGAUGGGAUCUUUGGAGUCCUCAUCAAAUCAUUACCAUGUCUCCUCACCAAUCUCCAGUUCAUCAAGUUAUUCUCCCGAAUUCUAUAUUGACAGAGCUACUGAGUCUGAAAUUAGCAGAUAUACUUCCUCACCAGAAAGUUCUGAGAGUGGGAAUUCUUGUACCAAUAAAAGGAAGAGCCCAACAAUUUCUGUUGAAAUAGAAUCAGGAAAGUCUAAAAGAGUGAGAACCAUCUUCUCUGCAGAUCAAAUGGCUCGACUAGAACAGGAGUUCAGCAGAUCACAAUAUAUGGUUGGUCAAGAGAGAACGUAUCUAGCUCAAGUUCUAAACCUCACCGAAUCCCAAGUCAAAAUUUGGUUCCAGAAUCGACGAAUAAAAUACAGAAAGCAGACUCUUGAAAAUCAAAGAACAAAGCUGGCAAAUGACAGGUCGUCCGAAGGCAGGGCCGUUUAAAUAUCACACAGCAAGAAGCACUCUUCCAACUAAUCACUAUAACAUCUGAGUACGUACAUGUGAAAAAGUGAAUUUUUCACUGUAGUGAAGCUUUCCUUGUACAACAAAUUGAAUCUUGCAAUCCAAAGGAAAUGUGGUGAAACCUAGAGAAAGUUUUGUAUAAGUUUACCGCUGAGCUCGAUAUUCCCAAGAUAGAGAUUUCGCUUCUUUAAAAGUGGAAAACAGCAGUGUAUAUUUUAGUAUGCAUUGAAAGCUUGUCGUGUUGUAUUAUGGAAUUGUAUUAUCGUACAUGUAAGCGUACAUUUUAAAGCAUAUGUAAAUACCAUUUUGUAAAUAAGAUAUUUUAAUUUUUAAAGAAAUGAGACUUUAAGCUAUGAGCUGAGUCAGUUAUCAUAUGACAGUUUUAUACUUUUUAUUUUUUUGGAUUUAUUUUAAAAUUUUCAUAGUAAUUUACCUUAAAGGUUUGACUUUUUCCCUUUAAUUGCCAUAUAAUACAAUUAUAAAGCAUUUUUAUUCUUUUUCUCCGACGUUGCUACUUUUUCCCAUUUCUUGGUGAAGUACCUUUUAAAAAUUGAAGAUGACCCAAAUUGCUCAUUUUUAAAUAAUUUAUUUUGUCUUAAAUUUAAUAAAUUUCGAAAUAUUAAACAUUAUUAUUUUUUUGUUGUAUUUUAGCUAUGGAAUUUCAUAUUUGAUUAUUUUACGAACUUAAACUUUAAUUAAUUGUAAUUAUUAUAAUUUUUUUUCAUUUUUCAUAGCUGCUCUUUGUAAAUGUUCAUUUUCAUUCUUGCAAUUUUAUGCUUAGAUUCUUUAGAAAAGUUCAAAUUUUUAUGUAAUGUAAGUCAUAUGCUGGUAUUGUUGUGAUUAUGUAUUGUCCUUAAGGAGCCUCUUUCCUCCACCGAUAUCAAAUACGGAAUGGGAAGAAAAUUCUAAAUAUGCUUUUAACCUUUUUAUUUAAUUUUCACAAAAGAUGGUGGAUAUUUACUCUAUUCAGCAGUAUCUGAAAUACUACACC